GUCAGACGUUCACUGUCACUGACAAGUGAAAUGGCGCAGAGAGGAAUUCAGCUGGACUCGGCAAAAUUCUGCUGUUCGAUCUGUCUGGAUCUACUGAAGGAUCCGGUGACUAUUCCCUGUGGACACAGCUACUGCAUGAGCUGUAUUAAAAGCUGCUGGGAUGAAGAGGAUCAUAGGGAAAUCAUCAGCUGCCCCCAGUGCAGACAAACCUUCACACCAAGACCUGUCCUGGUGAAAAACACCAUGGUAGCAGAUAUAGAGGAGAAAAUGAAGAAGAUGGGACUCCAAGCUGCUCCUCCUGAUCUCUGCUAUGCUGGACCUGGAGAUGUGGAUGGACAUAGAGGCCACCACACAGUCUCAGCUGCAGCAGAAAGGACCGAGAGGCAGAAAGAGCUCGGGCUGAGUCGGCAAAAAAUCCAGCAGAGAAUCCGGGACACAGAGAAAGACGUGAAGGUGCUUCAGCAGGAGGUGGAGGCCAUCAAUCGCUCUGCUGAAAAAGCAGUGGAGGACAGUGAGCUGAUCCGUUUGAUUGACAAAAGAAGGUCUGAUGUGAAGCAGCAGAUCAGAUCCCAGCAGGAAGAGGAAGCGAGUCGGGCUGAAGAACUUCAGGAGAAGCUGAAGCAGGAGAUCGCUGAGCUGAGGAGGAAAGACACUGAGCUGAAGCAGCUCUCACAUACAGAGGAUCACAACCAUUUUCUACACAACUACCCCUCGCUGUCACGUCUCAGUGAAUCUACACACUCACUCAGCACCAAUAUCCGUCCUCUGAGCUACUUUGAGGAUGUGACUGCAGCUGUGUCAGAGCUGAGAGAGAAACUACAGGACCUUCUUAGUGAGGAAUGGUCCAAGAUCUCACUGACAGUGACUGAAGUGGAUGUUCUACUGUCACAACCAGAGCCCAAGACCAGAGCUGAAUUCUUACAAUAUUCAUGUCAAAUCACACUGGAUCCAAACACAGCACACAGACGACUGUCAUUAUCUGAGGGGAACAGAAAAGUGACGCAAAAAAGAAAAGAUCAGUCAUAUCCUCGUCACCCAGACAGAUUCACUACAUGGUUUCAGGUCCUGAGCAGAGAGAGUCUGACUGGACGUUGUUACUGGGAGGUGGAGUGGAGGCAGUCAGGUGUUUCAAUAACAGUCGCAUACAAGGAUAUUAGCAGAAAAGGGAAUGGAAGUGGAUUUGGAUGCAAUGACAAGUCUUGGGAAUUAGAUUGUUCUAACAAUCAGUUCAGACAUAACAGCAUCAAAACUCCCACAUCAGUCCCUGUGUCCUCCAGAGUAGGAGUGUACCUGGAUCACUCAGCACGUAUUCUGUCCUUCUACAACGUCUCUGAAACCAUGACUCUCCUCCACAGUGUCCAGACCACAUUCACUCAGCCUCUCCAUGCUGGAUUUUGGGUUUAUUUAUUCAGUGGAGACUCGGCUGAGUUUUGUCAGCUCAAGUAGACAGGAGUUAUUAAAGCAGCAAAAUGUAAGUUUCUGUUUUU